AGAAGGCUUUGUGAAAUGAAAUGUUCUUAUUUUAAUUAUUUUUUUUCAUUUUCACCAUUUUAGUUGAUAUUCAAAAAUGGCAAAUGAUAAGUGGUAAUUUGCUUCUAUAGAAUCUAAGAACUCCAGUUAUUUCUCCAAAAUUGUUCAGUGGUGAGUAAAGCAUGACUGCUAUCUACCUGAUGUCCAUGCUUUUUGGCCUUGCAUGUGGGCAAGUAAUGUCUUUUUGUUUUCCAACUGAGUAUACAAUGCAUGUUGAAAGGAAAGAGUGCGCUUAUUGCCUAACCAUCAACACUACCAUCUGUGCUGGAUAUUGUAUGACACGGGAUAUCAAUGGCAAACUCUUUCUUCCCAAAUAUGCUCUGUCCCAGGAUGUUUGUACGUAUAGAGACUUCAUGUACAAGACUGUAGAAAUACCAGGAUGCCCACGCCAUGUCACUCCCUAUUUCUCCUACCCUGUAGCUGUAAGCUGUAAGUGUGGCAAGUGUAAUACUGACUACAGUGACUGUAUACAUGAGGCCAUCAAGACAAACUAUUGUACCAAACCUCAGAAGUCCUAUAUGGUGGGAUUUUCUAUCUAACUUCUACAGUGAUGUAACUUGCAAUUCAGUUAAAUGUGUUCACCUGGAAUAAAAUUAA